GUGGAUAUAAAUAUAUACGUCAAAUGAUAUCCAUACACUUGUUGGAUCUGUGAUAUAACUGAGAUAUCGUCCGUCUACUGGGAUGUAUUAACCGUUAACACUACUUCCUUGCUAUAACCACGGUUAAAGAUCAAGACUACUGCCAACUGUUACAAGUAAAAUGGUCAAUACGAAAUUAAUUUUAGUUGUGGUGAUGAUUUCCAUGGUCGCGUCUGCACCUGGAUGGUUUGAUGACUACGUCGAUUCACACAGAGAACGGAAUUAUAGUUACGACGAUGAUUAUAGAAGUUCUGAUUACGACAAUGAUUACAAAAGGGGAGAUUACGACUAUGACUAUUAUUAUGAUUAUAAAAGUAGUGAUCAUGACGAUAGUUAUGAUAAGGAUUAUGACGAUUAUUAUAAUGAUGGUAGGACCGGUGGAGACCACCGUGCGCUUAUCGGCGGAAACAACCGUGCGCCAAGCGGCGGAACCAACCGUGCGCCUAUCGGCUUAAACAACCGUGCGCCUAUCGGCGGAAACAAUCGUGCGCCUAUCGGCGGAAACAACCGUACGCCAAUCGGCGGAAACAACCGUGCGCCUAUCGGCGGAAACAAUCGUGCGCCAAGCGGCGGAAGCAACCGUGCGCCUAUUGGCUUAAACAACCGUGCGCCUAUCGGCGGAAACAAUCGUGCGCCUAUCGGCGGAAACAACCGUACGCCAAUCGGCGGAAACAACCGUACGCCAAUCGGCUUAAACAACCGUGCGCCUAUCGGCGUAAACAACCGUGCGCCUAUCGGCGUAAACAACCGUGCGCCUAUGGGCGGAAACAAUCGUGCGCCUAUCGGCGGAAACAACCGUGCGCCUAUCGGCGUAAACAACCGUGCGCCUAUCGGCGUAAACAACCGUGCGCCUAUCGGCGUAAACAAUCGUGCGCCUAUCGGCGGAAACAACCGUGUGCCUAUCGGCGGAAACAACCGUGCGCUUAUCGGCGGAAACAACCGUGCGCUUAUCGGCGGAAACAACCGUGCGCUUAUCGGCGGGGAUCACCGUGCGCUUAUCGGCGGAAACAACCGUGCGCUUAUCGGCAGAGGCAACCGUGCGCUUAUCGGCGGAGACCACCGUGUGCUUAUCGGCGAACACAACCGUGCGCGUAUCGGCGGAAACAACCGUGCGCUUAUCGGCGGAAACAACCGCGCGCUUAUCGGCGGAGACAACCAUGCGCUUAUCGGCGGAGGCAACCUUGCUCUUAUCGGUGGAGGCAACGAUGCGCUUUUCGGUGGAGGAGCCAGUGCUAUGAUUGGCGGAGACAACCUUGCGCUUAUCGGUGGAGACAACCUUGCGCUUCUCGGCGGAGACAACCUUGCGCUUCUCGGCGGAGACAACCUUGCGCUUCUCGGCGGAGACAACGAUGCGCUUAUCGGCGGAGGAGUCAGUGCUAUUAUUGGUGGAGAUGAUAACAUUUGGAAUGACUGGGCUUUGUGGAAUUGGUGGAGCGCUCUGAAUACGGGCGUGCCACAGGUCGUGUGACCUUAGACUUGAUAUGUUUCCUCAUUAAGUAAUUUAAUGUGAUAGGAACCGGACUUUACGUUUUAUUUACGAUAGACCAACGAUCUCAGAAAUGAUCCUCCGAAAGUAAAUAAACAAAAUCACGCCAGGGGUUAUUCGUUUCCCAUUCCGCUAAAAGUUGGAGCAAGAGAUACAGGCACAUUUAGAUAUUGACUAAUAACUUUUAAUUAUAGCUUAAAUAUGUAUCAUUAAAUUUUUAUAAAAUCCGAUUUCGUUUCCACGUGGCGAGUGAACUUGAUGUUAUCGAUUCGAGUUCGUCCAGAUAGCAUUUUUCCCACGUGGUGAGUGAACAAUUCCUAUUCGUCCAUUGUAUUUUGAUUACUAGGCCAUGAUGAGACUACCAUACAUUUAUAUUUAAUUACUAUGAUCAUGUGUGCAAUUCCGGCGUGUGUGCGUGUGGGUGUAUGUAUGGGGUGGGUGGGGGCAGACAAACAAUGUAAUGGAUGACUAGCAAAACAGAUAUUGUCAUCGUUUACAACAUCGUCAACACUUGGUAUGUUGUGAAAGGCGUUGUAUCGACAAUGGUGAUACAGUUGUUGUUGGUCGGACAUGAAAGAGGAUCAAGAAGCUCUACCGACAAUGGUGAUACAGUUGUUGUUGGUCAGAAGCUGAGAAAGACUAAACAUCAGAAAACGAAAGAUCAACAAGACAAGAAUGGCGGAAUGUUGUUCCCAAGUGUAAAGACAGAUUAAAAAUUGAUCCAGGACACAUAAUCCGAUAUAGAUUGAAAUGAAAUAAAUGUGCUUUAACAUCCUAUUGUUCUGAUCCGACUGGACUAAUCAAGACGGGAAUACGCCUUACAGUGUGCGUUAGGAGCAAUUUUGCCCCGACAGCAGCUAUAGUAGUGUGCAUGAAGUGUGUUGUUGACAAUUAUAGUUUUUACCAUUUUUCUGUCAUUUAGACUUUUGCAUGUUGUGAUAUUAAAAUUAUAAUUUACAUAAAA